CACAGCACAUGAAAGUUCUAGCAGAUUUCACUGGGAAGGACCUCUAGCGAUAAUUAUGCAAGUGUCCUCUGAAUCCGUUUGGAAUGCUUGUUUUAACGAGCAGAAAUUUGAAAGUUUGUUUUGUGUUAUGCUGCUUAUAAAGCAUUGCAAACAACGGGAGGAAUGAUCCGAUUUUCCGCUUGCCUGACGUAAGUUUUGUAUCAUGUGGUAGUGUUGUGAAAGAGGAAACAAUUGAAGGAAGUACUGUCAAGCGAGGAUGAACCCCGGGGAGUAAUAUGUCAAUCAAUUUACGUCAGUAUAAAGAAGAUGACAAGCUGGCUCUGUCAGAACGGUUCACAUUUGCUAGUAUUCUAAAAGUGUUUUGUGGCACAAGUUUACUGUAGUGGGGGCGGCCGCCGGCCAUGACUUGAGCGCAGCAUGGUGGAGCUCGGCGUGCGCGUGGUGCGCGGCCCGGACUGGUGCUGGGGGGAGCAGGACGGCGGCGAGGGCCACGCGGGCACCGUCGUCGAGGUGGGCCGCACCGGCUCUGGCACCUCCCCGGAGGGCACCGUCGUCGUCCAGUGGGACGCGGGCAUGCGCACCAACUAUCGCACCGGCUACCAGGGCGCCUAUGACCUGCGCGUCGUCGACAACGCGCCUGCAGGUGUGAGGCACCCGAACAUAAAGUGCGACGCGUGCUUCAAGCACGGCAUCCGUGGAAUGCGAUGGAAGUGCGUCCAGUGCUACGACUUUGACAUCUGCACCCAGUGCUAUAUGGCCGACAAGCACGACACGGACCACGCCUUCGAGAGGUUCGAGACCAACAGGUCUGUCGGGGUGGACAUGCCUCCUCGCAAGGGAGGUGUGAAGCUUCAGCUGAAGGGUAUAUUCAUCGGAGCCAAAGUGGUCAGGGGACCGAGCUGGGACUGGGGAAAUCAGGACGGAGGAGAAGGGAAGACCGGUAGAGUGAUCGACAUCCACGGCUGGGACAACGAAUCGGGACGGUCGGUGGCGAACGUGACGUGGACGUCGGGCUCGACCAACGUGUACCGUGUCGGGCACCGCGGCAAGGUGGACCUGAAGUGUGUGCAGGAGGCAUCGGGAGGUUCCUACUACAGGGAUCACCUGCCCGUGCUCGGAGCUGUGGUAGGCAUUUGCCGUGCGAGUCCAAACGGUGGUACUGUAGUGGCCCCGAGACGACACCUGACAUUCAAUGUCGGCGAGCGUGUCAAGGUCACGUUGGAUGUUGCCUCCCUUAAGCAGCUGCAGGAAGGCCAUGGAGGAUGGAAUCCACGCAUGGCCAAUUACAUCGGUACAGUCGGGACCGUGCACCGGGUGACGGAGCGCGGGGACAUUCGCGUGCGCUACGAGGGCUGCAACAACCGCUGGACACUGCACCCGGCGGCGCUCACCAAGGUGAACACGUUCGCCGUGGGCGACACGGUGCGCGUGAAGGACGACUUGGCACUGGUGCGCGAGUACCAGAAGGGCCACGGGGAAUGGAGUGAGGCGAUGCGACCGGCGCUGGGGAAGCUGGGGCAGGUGACGCGCGUGUACGGAGACGGGGACCUGCGAGUCUGCGUAGACAGCGAGACGUGGACUCUGAACCCGCAGUCCGUCACGCUGGUGACUGCCGUCGACAGCGAGCUCAGCAACACGAUGGGAGGCCGGAGUGCCGACAGGCAGGACCACGCCAGCCCGCUGGCGGCGCUGCUGCAGGACCUGGUGGUGGAGCAGGCGGCCGGCAGCAUCGACCGGCUGGUGAGGGAGGCCGCCCAGGGCCACGCCGACACCGUCCGAGACUUCAUCACCAGCUUCCCCGACAAGGUGGACGGCAAGAGCGGCGGCAAAACGUGCCUGCAGGUCGCGUGUCACCAGGGCCACACGGAGCUGGUGACGAUGCUACUGGACGCGGGGGCGUCGCUCGUGCUGCCGGACGACGAGGGUGACACCGCGCUCCACUACGCGGCAUUUGGGAAUCAGCCCGAGAUAAUGCAGCUGCUCCUGUCGCGAGGCGCAGACAUCGACGCCGUGAACCGCGGCCACUGCACCGCGCUGCACGUAGCGGUCAACAAGCAACACGUGCAGUGUGUUUCUGAGCUGCUGAAGAAAGGCUGCAACGUCAACAUUCAGGACCUGUACGGAGACACCGCCCUGCACGACGCCAUCUGCAAGGAGAGCGCCGAGAUCACCGACAUGCUGUGUGCGGUGCCGAACAUCGACUUCACGCUGCGAAACCGUCGAGGCUUCAACGUGCUCCAGCACGCUGCCCUCAAGGGGAACAACUUUGCCACCGAGAGGCUGCUGCAGCGUGCCCGCCAGAUGGUGGACGUCAAGAAGGACGACGGCUUCGCAGCACUGCACCUGGCCUGCCUCAACGGACACCGCGCCGUCGCCGAGACUCUGCUCUCGCUGGGUCGCGCCGACGUCGGGUUGCGCAACAAUCGCAGGCAGACGGCGCUCCUGCUCGCAGUGUCGCAGGGCCACUGCUCGGUGGUGGAGCUGGUGGUGUCGACGGGCGGCGACGUCAACGCGGAGGACGAGGACGGCGACACGGGGCUGCACCUGGCACUGAUGAAGCGCGCGUCCAUCUGCACGCAGAUCCACGAGCUGGAGGCGCCCGCCAUCUACGGGAUCUACACGCAGCUGAUGCAGGCGCAGCGGGUGGAGGAGGAGAGCCCGGUGGCGCUGGCCAUCGCGUGCUACCUGGUGCAGGAGGGCUGCAGCCUGGGCAAGAGGAACCACCGCGGCAAGAGCCCGCUCGACCUGGUCGCGGGCAGCCCGCACCUCGCCGACCUGCUCCAGGCGUACAACCUGCAGGGGCAGCCGCCGCCGCCGCCGCCGCCGCUGCCCGCCCCGGCCGCCACUGCCGCCACCGCCAGGUGCGUCACGCUCAGUAGCAGCAGCAGCAGUAGUAGCAGCAGCAGUAGCAGCAACAGCAGCAUGGGCGAACAAGCCGCGCCCCCGCCUGUCGAGUGCGCCGUCUGCUCUGAGCUUGGAGACGAGAACGUGCGGUUCGAGCCAUGCGGGCACCGCGUCACCUGCGAGGAGUGCGCCUCGCGCGUCAAGAAGUGUCUCCGCUGUGGACAGGUGGUCAACAAGAGGAUCACCAGCGACGGGCGCACCAUCGCCUGCAAGUCACGACACCCGAGUGCCGAGAGACUGCGCUACCUCGAGUCGAAGAUUGCCGAAAUCGAAGAGACGCACUGCUGCUCCAUAUGCAUGGAGCGGCGGCGCAACGUCGCCUUCCUGUGCGGCCACGGCGCCUGCGCCCCCUGCUCGGCCACGCUGCGCACCUGCCACAUGUGCCGCAAGACCAUAACGCGCAAGAUAAACCUGUACUAGGCUGCGCGCCUCGGGACCGUGACGCGGAAAACUGGUGCUCGGCCGAGACCACGACGUGCGGCGAAAACCUGUACCGGGCCACCUGCCACGUGUGUCGUGAGACGGUAGAGUGAGAGAGAAACCGGUGCCGGCCACGUGUCACAUCGGAGAUAAACCUUUACAGGCUACCCGUCACGUAUUCCACGAGACAGUUGCAUCCUGCCAGCUUCUACCCUCAAAGGCCUGCGGGUAGAGUCUACAGUGUCCCGGUGCUUCACCAGGCGAUAGAAACGAUUGCGGCACGCCACUUGUUGUGCCGGUAAAGCCACGCCGCGUGUGUCCGUACACUUUUUAUUUUUACCGGGAAUAGUCUCACUCGACAGGAAAUAGUGUGUCGUCACGUAAGGUCUCUGUCACGAUGCAGUCUGACGCGGAGUGAGAGUAUCUCGGUGACACUGUGCGGGCAGCUGUACAGUGGUGUUGGGAAUAGUGCAGUGCCACGAGUGCAGCCGAGAGUUGCACUGCGUGUUUACCCUUCGAGAAAAAAAUGUUUUGCUUUCACUGCACAGUAACUCGCCUGCCUUUGGGGAAAGUCACUACAAUAAUGUGUUUGGCAGCAGUUGAAUUAUAUGUCUCAGUACGAUUUGAAAUACUGUUGACUGAUUGGGCAUUGCAACAUAGUUUUUGUGUCAUUGUUCUCUUUCUGUGUGUAGGGUAGUCUGUACUGACUGAGUGGAUUGUUGUCACAUUCUGUGGUUUACUAUGGUGUGUGUGUGUGUGUGUGUGUGUGUGUGUGUGUGUGUGUGUGAACGAGAGAGAGAGAGAGAGAGAUUUAGGUUUAAAAAGUUUUAACUGUAAGUAUAUUAAUUAGAAUGAAGUUAGUAGACACAUUUUUUAAGAACAAAUGUCGCUACAAAAGCGGAAGUAGCGUUUCGCCCGGUGCAAGCUCGACGGCAAAGCUAGAGUGUCAUUUUGUACUACAUGCAGGAGUGAUAUUGUGUGCCAUCCAGGUUGUGAAUUAGAAUUUUAUUUUCCUUGGCACUUACUCAGUCAAAUGCAGUGGGGGCUCAGAUUUGAAAGAGAGAUUCUUUCCUCAGCAGUGGAAAUUCCUAGCCGGAAUACAAACAGUGGUAAGCCUUGUGUAGAGAU